AUGCAUUGCUCAACCCUUUUCUCACUUCUUUCUCUUUGCGCAGGAGCAUUUGCGAGCCCAUCAGUAGUAUCACACGGCCCAUACCAGAGAAAUGCCCACCGCAACAUCCACCGUCGCGGCAACUACAGAGAACAUUACAAGACUUCCCCAAAGCCGAGUGAUGGUAUGAGAGCAGUCGGCUAUUUUGGAAACUGGGUGCGCCUCUUCGACACCUCGAAAAGUCUAGUUGUUGACACGAGAUACCUCAGCGACGAAUGGGCCGAUAUCCAAAAGACCUACGACGGGGAUGUCGCUAGCAACAGUACCGAUCUCUUUGGGAGUCUGAAGCAGCUCUACCUCCUCAAGAAGAAGAACCGCUCUCUCAAGACUCUUCUCGCCAUUGCGGGAGCCACAUAUUCGGUCAACAUGUCCCCCGUGCUCCGCUCGCCGAAGCUACGCGCCAAAUUCGUCACCAGCUCCAUCAAGCUGAUGACAGACCUCGGCUUCGACGGCCUGGAUAUGGACUACGAAUAUGUGGCCAACGCCACGGAGGCGGUCGAUAUGGUUACGCUCCUCGGCGACCUUCGCGCCGCCAUGGACGCUAUUCCGACCAACACCACGUCCGAUGCUUCUCCUUUCCUUCUCACCUACGCAUCUCCAGCCGGGCCCAAUAAGUACAAAUUGCUGGACUUCAAAGGCAUGGACCAGUAUCUCGAUUUCUGGAACUACAUGGGAUUCGACUACGCCGGUGCCUGGGACAAGAUCUCCGGGCACAUGUCCAACGUCUACGAAGACGAGAGCAACAAGGCCGCCACCCCCUUCAACACCACCUCCGCCAUCGACUACUACAUUGCCAACGGCGCAACCCCCCACAAGAUCAACCUCGGCUCCCCACUCUACGCCCGCGCUUUCGCCAACACCGCCGGCCCAGGGACCCCCUUCAACGGCACCGGAGCCGCAAGCUCCUUCGGCGAGGCCGGCAUCUUCGACACCAAGCACCUCCCGCUCGCAGGAUCCAACGCUACGGUCACUAACAUGCGGGAGGUCGGCGCCGCGUACAGCUACGACGCUGGCCGGAGGUACAUGCUGAGCUUCGACACGCCGACUGUCGCGCGCGUCAAGGCGGAGUAUGUGAUCGAGAAGGGUCUGGGGGGGAUGAUGUGGUGGGAGGUGAGCAUGGAUAGGAAGGGGCCGGAGAGUUUGGUGCGGACGACGGUGGAGAGCUUUGGGGGCGUGGGCGCCUUGGAGGGGAGCCGGAACCGCUUGGCGUAUCCGAUGAGUAGGUUCGAGAAUUUGAGGAGGGGGAUGCCGGGCCAGUGA